AUGAACGCUCCAGAUAGAUUUGAACUCUUCCUUCUAGGUGAAGGUGAGUCGAAGUUAAAGAUUGAUCCAGAUACUAAAUCUCCAAAUGCUGUGGUAAUAACUUUUGAAAAAGAAGAUCAUACACUGGGGAAUUUAAUCAGAGCAGAACUUCUUAAUGAUACAAAGGUGCUAUUCGCAGCUUAUAAGGUUGAGCAUCCCUUUUUCGCAAGAUUUAAAUUGAGAGUACAAACGAUAGAAGGUUAUGAUCCAAAGGAGGCAUUAAAAAAUGCAUGUAAUAGUAUUAUUAAUAAACUGGGUAUAUUAAAAACGAAUUUCGAAACUGAAUGGAACUUACAAACAUUAGCAUCCGAUGAAAAUUUCGGCAUAUGA